ACGGUGUUCAAAUCCCGGUUCUCAAGUUUAGAGGCAGCAGCCUUGGACGUGUUGGUCCUGGGAUGCAGUGAUGGGACUGAUGGGAUGAAAAGUAAAGUGAUGAACGCUGACCCAGGAAGAAAGGGCCUGCCCUGGUUUGGUAGCUCCGCGCUGCAGAGAAGGGGCUGCAGAUCACCCGGAGGCCGUGGGCGCGUACCCGGGGGGAAGCAUCGGUGCGCCGGCCUGGGGGACCAAGCCACGGAGACCCUGGCCCCGGGCUGGCCCACGCCGCGGUGCCUCCUCCAGAAAUUCAGCUGAGAUUGCACGGCGCUGACGCACUCCUCCUCGCGGCAGAGGGGAGCGGUGUGGGGGCCGAAGGAACUGUGCACACACAAGUGAAAUCUGAUCGCCGGCCAGGGAAAGCCCCUGAAGCUAGAGCCCCGGAGGGACCGGCGACCUUGCGCAGCCCGAGUCAGGGCGCGGUCAUGGUGGGCUGCUGAGCGCGGGUCCGGCUGCGGCGGUGGCGCAAGCAAGCGUCCCCAUGGAGAACCCGGUGCCCCCCUGCGCCCUCUACCCCGGAGACGACCGCGGCCGCGGGGCCGAGGCCGGGGGCGCCUUUGCGCAGGGAGCGUGCGGCCAGGCCGGGGGCCAGGGCGGCGCACCCGCGGCUCCGGGAGAGGGCAGCCUGCAGCCGCCCGACGCGCAGACACCCUGCAGUCUCCGCGCGUCGCUGUGCUUCAGCUCCGGGGACGGCUCCCCGCCGCAGUCUCGCGCCUCCGCGGCGGAAGGCGCAGCGUCCUCCCCGCCCUCGCGUCGCAGCGGCCAGCGGGUGGUGGAGCGGCAGUGGGAGGUCGGCAGCGCCGGCGCCGCGUCCGCCGAGGAGCCCGGGGACCCCGAGCAGCGCGCGUCCCCGGAAGAUUCUGUGUCCCCGGAAGAGCCCGCGUCCGCCGAGGAGCCCGGGGACCCAGCGCAGCGCGCGUCCCCGGAAGAGCCCGCGUCUCCCGGGGAGCCAGUGUCCACCGAGGAGCCCACGUCCCUGGAAGAGCUCGUGUCUCCCGAGGAGCCCGUGUCCACCGAGGAGCCCACUUCGCUGGAAGAGCUCGUGUCCCCCGAGGAGCCCGUGUCCCCCGAGGAGUCCGGGGACCUCGCACCAGUGCCCCCGGGCGUCGGGCCGGCGCACGGGGAGCCUGACCUGGUCAUCGAGGUGUCAGGCCGCCGGCUGCGGGCGCACAAGGCGGUGCUGGCGGCUCGCAGCGACUACUUCCGCGCGCGCGCGUCCCGGGACGUGCUGCGGGUGCAGGGCGUGGGCUGGGCGGCGCUGCGGCUGCUCCUGGCCUACGCGUACAGCGGGCGCAUGGCGGGCGUGCGACCCGACAACGUGGCCGAGGUGGUGGCCGGCGCGCGCCGCCUGCAGCUGCCGUGCGCCGUGCAGCGCGCCACCGAGGCCGUGGCGCCGCAGCUGAGCCUGGCCAACUGCUACGAGGUGCUGAGCGCGGCCAAGCGGCAGCGGCUGUCCGAGCUGCGCGACGCCGCCUACCGCUUCAUGAGCGACCACUACCUGGACGUGCUGCGCGAGCCCGCGGUGUUCGGGCGCCUGUCGGGCGCCGAGCGGGACCUGCUGCUGCGCCGCCGCCUGCGCGCCGGCCGGGCCCGCCUGCUGGCCGCCGCGCUGGGACCGGCCGGGGAGCGCGCGGGCAGCCGCCCGCAGAGCCCGUCGGGGGACGUGGAGGGCCGGGCCGACGCCGCCGUCUACUGCCUGCACGAGGCGGCCGGCGAGUGGCGCGAGCUGACGCGGCUGCCCGAGGGCGCGCCGGCGCGGGGCUGCGGCCUGUGCGUGCUCUACAACUACCUCUUCGUGGCCGGCGGCGUGGGGCCGGCGGGUCCCGACGGCCGCGCGCGCCCCUCGGACCAGGUCUUCUGCUACAACCCGGCCACCGAGCGCUGGAGCACCGUGCGGCCGCUGCGCCAGGCGCGCUCGCAGCUGCAGCUGCUGGCCCUGGACGGCCACCUGUACGCCGUGGGUGGCGAGUGCCUGCUCAGCGUGGAGCGCUACGACCCGCGCGCCGACCGCUGGGCCGCCGUGGCCCCGCUGCCCCGCGGCGCCUUCGCUGUGGCUCACGAAGCCACCACCUGCAACGGCGAGAUCUACGUGUCCGGGGGCUCCCUCUUCUACCGCUUGCUCAAGUACGACCCGCGGCGCGACGAGUGGCAGGAGUGCCCGUGCAGUAGCAGCCGGGAGCGCUCCGCGGCCAUGGUGGCCCUGGAUGGCUUCAUCUACCGCUUCGACCUGGGCGGGGGCCGUGGCGACUCGCAGGCGGCGGAGGCCGGAGGCGUCAGCGUGUUCCGCUACCACUGCCUGGCCAAGCAGUGGAGCCGCUGCGCCGCGCACCUGCGGCCCCCGGGCGCGCCGUCCAGCCUGCAGCCCUUCCGCUGCGUGGCCCUGGACGGCACCAUUUACUGCGUGAGCCGCGCAGGCACCUGGCGCUUCGUGCCCCCGCAGGACAGCGAGCCGGGCGCGGACGUGGGCGCGGGCGAAGGCGGCAGCUUCGAGCCCGCGCCGCUCUGCGUCCCCUUGGACGCCCGAGGCGCGCUCUUCCCGUUCGUGCUCAACUUGCCAGAGAAGCCAGAGAGAGGCGAGGAGGGCGCCGCGUAGGGCGGGCGGGGUCCACCUGGGCAUCUCCCUCAGGGACGCCCCCGUGGGCGGAGAUCCAACUGGAGGGGGCGGGGGGGGGGCACGGUCCAUGGGGGCCAUUUAAACCCUUUGAAGUUGGAAGCUUGUCGCGGGGCUUUGAAGACUUUUUGCAAUGCUGUUUUAAGGUCUGCUGCCCUAUUCUGCAUUCCCUUUUGCGCCGCUAUGCUUGACGGGGUCAAUGGCACAAUAUGUAAGGUGUGUGUAAAGAGAUGACCUUACAAAUAGGGCAUGGGAUAUCGGAGGGAGAAGGAGGAGGAAGUGGAAGAUGACGCCUCAGGGUCAGUGGGUGGGUCCCAGAGUGCC